CACAUAUUGGAAACGCUGUCAUUACGUUUGUCUCCUUCGGCUCUCCGUAGAUCACCGACAUAUUGUUUGUGAGGAGCAAAUUCUGGAACACAAGGAGAGAGUUAAGAUUACAGCGUUGAUAUAACCAGUCAUCAAAUCGUAUCUCAGUAAAGAAAGCACGAUGGAGCCUUCAGGAAGUCCGGCGAAGGAUAAUUUCAGGAUGAACCGCUACAAGAACAAAGCACUCAACCUGGAGGAGAUGCGUCGGAGAAGGGAGGAGGAAGGCGUUCAGCUGAGGAAACAGAAGCGAGAGCAACAGCUGUUUAAAAGGAGAAAUGUGGAGCUGCUUGGUGAAGAAGGGGGGAUGUUUGACAGUCCACUUAUGGAUUCCUACGUCUCCUCCACCACAGCCGCAGAUGGAGUAAUUACAAGAGACAUGGUGGAAAUGCUCUUCUCAGAAGAUCCUGAACUACAACUGGACACAACGCAGAGGUUCAGAAAACUGCUUUCCAAAGAACCAAACCCUCCUAUUGACGAGGUGAUAAGCACACCAGGAGUUGUGAAUAGAUUCGUUGAGUUCCUUCAGAAAAGUACAAAUUGCACAUUACAGUUUGAGGCCGCUUGGGCGCUGACCAACAUCGCGUCUGGAACAUCUCAGCAGACAAAGUUUGUGAUCGAGGCCGGUGCCGUACCUGUCUUUAUCGAGCUUCUCAACUCCGAGUUUGAAGACGUGCAGGAGCAGGCUGUUUGGGCUUUGGGGAACAUUGCGGGAGACAGCGCUGUGUGCCGAGAUUAUGUGCUAAAUUGUAACAUCCUUCCUCCUCUACUAAUGCUGCUGACCAAAUCAACUCGUCUCACAAUGACCAGGAAUGCUGUGUGGGCCUUGUCAAACCUCUGCAGAGGCAAAAGUCCACCCCCAGACUUUGAGAAGGUGUCUCCAUGCCUGCCUGUGCUGUCCCGUCUUUUGUUCAGCAGUGAUUCAGACCUGCUGGCUGAUGCCUGUUGGGCUUUGUCCUAUCUCUCCGAUGGGCCCAAUGAGAAGAUCCAGGCAGUCAUUGAUUCAGGGGUCUGCAGGAGGCUGGUCGAGCUGCUCAUGCACACUGAUUACAAGGUGGCCUCUCCUUCUCUGAGGGCUGUUGGAAACAUUGUUACAGGAGAUGACAUUCAGACACAGGUGGUGUUGAACUGCUCCGCUCUCCCCUGCCUCCUGCACCUGCUCAGUAGCGCAAAGGAAUCCAUCAGGAAGGAGGCCUGCUGGACCAUCUCCAACAUCACAGCGGGAAACAGAGCGCAGAUUCAGGCCGUAAUAGAUGCAAACAUCUUUCCAGUCUUGAUAGAGAUCCUACAGAAAGCCGAAUUCCGCACCAGGAAGGAGGCAGCAUGGGCGAUCACUAAUGCCACGUCAGGUGGCACGCCUGAGCAGAUCAGGUAUCUGGUAAAUUUGGGCUGCAUUAAACCUCUCUGUGAUCUGUUGACUGUGAUGGACUCCAAGAUCGUUCUGGUGGCUCUGAAUGGUCUGGAGAACAUUCUCCGACUCGGCGAGCAGGAGGCCAAACAGAACGGCAGUGGCCUCAACCCUUACUGCAGUCUGAUAGAGGAAGCCUAUGGGUUGGACAAAAUCGAGUUCCUACAGAGUCAUGAAAAUCAGGAGAUCUACCAGAAAGCCUUUGACCUCAUCGAGCACUACUUUGGAGAAGAUGAAGAGGAUGCCAGUCUGGCGCCACAGGUGGAUGAGAACCAGCAGCAGUUUCUUUUCCCGCAGCAGGAGGCCCCCAUGGAGGGCUUCCAGCUAUAACCAGCCUGUUCAACUCUCCCCGGCCGCCCUUUACCUAUACACCCAUCCCUGCACCCCAUAACGCUACUAAAACAUACACCAGAAACACUCAAUCACUGAAUUCUGAGUGAACCAAAUUUCGACCCAUGACCCAUUUAGACACUGAGGUGUGUCUCACACAGGGGAACAUAUCCACUGCCCCGUCACUCACAAGAGAUCUUGAGUUUCUUUAAUUCCCUCACCCUCCUCAGUGAUGCAGCUAUAUAAUCAUCCCCUCAGGUAGAAAUCGUGGAGCUGUGUCCUUUAUUAUUAUUAUUAUUUUUUUUUAUAGGGGAGGUAUGCUACAGUUCUUCCCUUUCACUGAAAGAGAGAAUUGUUUUCUCAUUUAUUUAAAAUCAGAGAAUCCAGAUCAUCAUCUUAUUCUUUUGAUCCUGGUUUGUUUUUCAUUGUUUUGCAUUUUUAGAUUUAUGUUUUUAGUUAUUGAUAUCCUGGUGAUUAAAUAAGCCUGGUUGUGUUUGAUCUGGCCGUGCUUUAUAAACGAAACUCUACCGUAAUAUCUGCAGAUGCGUUUUCAUGAGCAUUCUUCAAAGCUUUUGUGAAGCGGUUUCAUUUCUCUUAGUAUUAGAAUUCAUAAUUUCAGAUAGGUGUGGAGUUUAUGUAGAGUCUAUCUGACGUGGUGGUUUUGAAAUAAUCCAGGUAUUUUAGUAAAAGAUUAUCCUAACAUACAAAGUCAUUACUGUUAAAAGACAUUGACUGGAAAGUGGGGCCCAAAGAGCCCAUUUAGUAAAAAUAAUGCCCAGUUUUCUUUUUUUUUUCUUUUUUUUUUUUUUAACCAGUCAGAGGUGAAAUAUCUAGUUGUAGGAUGUCCGUGGUGUGCAGUGUUAUAAAUAACUCUUCUUUUGAUCUAAAGGCUUUAACUUUGAAAUGUGAUCUGGGGGAAACACACACACACACACACACAUCUGAGGGCCGGAUUGAUGCACAUGAAUGGAGUCUUAAUUCUGCUCUGUGUUUAUCGUCAUUGAUCGGCGCAUAGUCAUUCUGGGUGGUUGGAGGUGUUUGUUCAGCGCAGCCCUCAGUAUGUGCAUGUUGGGGUUUUGCAUGGUGUUCAACAGUCAUUCUGUAUCCCUUGCCAGAUCUUCAUUCAACAAUUAGCUUGCACUCAUUAGAUGGAGCAGUUCUGGUUUCUGUUGUUUUGCAGGUGCUGUAGGUAUGGCAAGGAAUACUUAUUUAAAUAAUGAAAUAUAUGGGCAAAAAAAAAUAUAUAUAUAUAGAUAUUAUGUUCUAUUUGCACACACCUUGCACACAUACAUACACUUCAUAAACAUGUACACAAACAGAUUAGCAUAAAACCGAGGGGAAAUGACUUCCAUGAUCUCUCAAAUCCUUUUUUUUUUUUCUCUCUCUCUCUCUCUCUCUCUCUCUCUCUCUCUGUAUGCGAGUAUGUUCCCGCUGAUUUGUUCCACCGUUUGGCACUUUUUGAGUUGAUGCACUAAAAGUUAAACACACCUGGGUUUGAUGUCGGACUGCCGUGGAUUGAAUGAAAAGUUUGAAUAUUAACCUCUCGCACCCGUACGAAACUUACUGUGGUUUACUUUUAAAAACUGUGAGUAUCCUGUGUUUGGUUGACUAGUAUCUAGAAGCCUUUUCCUUCUAUAAAUGUCAAUCUGAUGCGAUUUCCUGAUCAGAACCGAUAACCGAAAGUAGGUUUCCGUACUAAUUCUGGUUCAAGAACCUUUUCGAAAUCGACACUUGAAUUGAACUCUUUGAAAAUACCUCUCUACGAUCUGAUGUUCUUUGACGACAGUAUCAACUUUAAAUCAGUUCAGAUCCUAGUUCUGCGUGAUAUUAGAUGACAUUUGCUGCAUUUACAGGAAGUCCAUCUCGGAAUGAGGAUGCUGCAGUCAUCCAGAUUUCCAUACGCAUCAGAGAAAUGGGAAAAUGGACUGAAAUGAUUGUGGAAGAGAAGUAAACUAUGCUUGUAUAUAUCAAUAUAUCUAAUGGUCUGUAAGACCACAUGUGUGUUGAUCAAAAAAACACAAAGAAAUGAUCUCUUAAUGGAAAUGCACUCCUAUUCACAAAAGUGCCAAUCAGACCAACAAAGACAAGAGGCUGAUGCGUAUCAAUCUGUCUUUGAUUUUUUUUUCUUCUUCCUUUUUUAUUUACUUGAAUGUGCACAUAUGUUGUACAAAUAUUGCUGCUCUGUUUUCUUAUCUUACAAAUUGUGAUGGUCUGCUAUUUGUACACCAAAUUGGUAAACUCAAAGGUAUAAAGAAAAAAUGCAUAAUUUAUUGUGCUGGAUUAAUUCAUUUUUUAUCCAAGGCCAAUGCAAUGUUGAAAUACUGUCUCAGUGUGUACUGUUUGCUAAGCUUCUUUUCCUUUUGAACUUUGUUCUGUUGGCAUAGAGGAAGUGAGAAACCUUGCUAACAAUUGAAGGAGAAACUUUUCUUUUCUUGCCCUUGAGUAUUUUUGUGUCUUAUGAGCGCACUAGCUGACCAUGUAGACCCAACUAUGUUGUUUCAAGUCUAACUUCCCCGUGUAACGAUCCGUAACACAAUUACAGCAAAUCCAAAUCAGUUCAGGCCUCUUUCGUAGAUGUUUUGUUCUAAUUUAAGGACCUUUGCUUUAAGAAGCCAAAAGAUUAUUAUUAUUUUUUUUUGGAUAAAACAAAACUGGGUGUCAUAUGAUCCGUGUUAUCUCUGUUAACUAUAAUUAAACCAGAAAUUGAACGGUUAUAUUGUUAUAUUGGCACAGUACAAAGUUGCAGUCCUUGCACUGCUCUUUACUCCUUAAAAUAACUUCUGAGAAGUGCAGAAAACAAUGAGAUAUUUACAAAAGGCCACAAAUAAGUGAAAUUGGGUCUUUAUGGUCUUCCGUCCUAGAUCUUGUAGAUGUUGACGUUCGGAGACUUUUUGUCUCUUUCAAACCUGGAGCCGAUGCAUAUGGCUGUGUCUAUUAAUGCUGACUCGCCUGUGUUUACAAUGCUACAUGUUUAAGUACUUUUCAUACACAAUAUUAAGACUUGCCCAGCUGGAUAUUGUAUCCUGGUUUGGUGAUUACUUUACUUUCCUUUUAAAUGUAUUUAUAUUUAAAUCUUUUUUUUUUCACCUCUGCCUGCAGUUGCCCAUACUGUGACUGACUUGACUUUACCGACGAUAUGAAUGAGUGACGGGCACACGGUGUCACACAAACAUAUACAUGAACAAUUCUGAACAAAUGUUUUCAUUUUCUUUUUUGUCCAGAUAUCAAUAAAAUGAUAAAACAC